AUGCCAAUGACCCUAGGACUACCUCCUCUUUCAACUCUCUCCCACUCUGCCACCCACCUAUGUCCACAUCACCUCUGGACCUCCACCACCAUACCUCCACCUCCUUGGACACCUUGUUCAAAGGAGUUGGGUUUGCUCGUUGUUGAUAAAUCUCAACUUGCUUAUCCACCCUCCUUCCAACCUCUGGUCUCCACACCUCCAGUACCUCCGGUACCUCCUCACCUCCAGUACCUCCUCACCUCCAGUACCUCCUCACCUCCAGUACCCCCUCCUCACCUCCAGUACCUCCUCACCUCCAGUACCUCCUCACCUCCAGUACCUCCUCACCUCCAGUACUCCUCACCUCCAGUACCUCCUCACCUCCAGUACCUCCUCACCUCCAGUACCUCCUCACCUCCAGUACCUCCCCCCCCCCCCCCCCCUCACCUCCAGUACCUCCUCACCUCCAGUACCUCCUCACCUCCAGUACCUCCUCACCUCCAGUACCUCCUCACCUCCAGUACCUCCUCACCUCCAGUACCUCCUCACCUCCAGUACCUCCUCACCUCCAGUACCUCCUCACCUCCAGUACCUCCUCCCUUCUGGUACCUCCUUACCUCUGGUACCUCCUCAUUCCUAUAUUACCUCCAGUCUCAAUAA